GUCCGAACAGGAAGUGCGAACAGCACGCUUCAUUUUCUCCCCCACGUUACAGCUGCUGUCGUCAGUAUUUGACAACAUAAAUGCCGGACGACUGAGCCGUCAUUAUGGCAGCAGGCAGGCUGAGCUUCAGUAACAUCACCGCCCUGGCUCCGAUGGUCCGGGUCGGGACUCUGCCCAUGAGGCUGCUGGCUCUGGACUACGGAGCUGAUGUGGUUUACUGUGAGGAGUUGAUUGACAUCAAGAUGGCCCAGUGUCACAGAGUUGUGAACGAGGUGCUGGAGACGGUGGAUUUUGUCGCUCCGGAUGAGCGCGUGAUGUUCAGGACCUGCGAGAGGGAGAAGGACCGAGUCAUCUUCCAGAUGGGAACUGCAGACCCGGACCGAGCGCUGACCGUGGCCCGGCUUGUGGAGAAGGAUGUGGCUGCUGUCGAUGUGAAUAUGGGCUGUCCAAAGGAAUACUCCACCAAGGGCGGGAUGGGAGCUGCUCUUCUGUCAGAUCCCGACAAGAUCGAGGCGAUCCUCAAGAAGCUCGUUACAGGAGUUUCCAUACCGGUCACGUGUAAAAUCCGAAUCCUGCCUUCGUUGGAGGAGACGCUCAGUCUGGUCCGGAGGAUUGAGAAGACGGGUGUCGCUGCCGUCGCUGUUCACGGCAGGUUGAAGGACGAGCGCCCACGCCACCCGCUCCACUGCGACUACAUUCAGGCCGUCGCUCGGGCCGUCUCCAUCCCCGUCAUCGCCAACGGUGGCUCUCUGGAUCUGGUGAAGACCAACGGUGACAUCGAGGAGUUCAGGAGGGCGACAGGCGCCUCGUCGGUCAUGCUGGCUCGCGCCGCCAUGUGGAACGCAUCGGUGUUCAGCGACCAGGGCCCGUUUCCCCUGGAGAGGGUCAUGGAGGACUACCUCAAAUAUGCGAUCCGGUACACCAACCACGCCUUCAACACAAAGUACUGCCUGUGUCAGAUGCUCCGGGACAAGGUGGAGUCUCCUCUGGGGAAGCAGGUGCAGGCGGCCCAGACCAACGCGGAGCUCAGCGAGGCGUACGGCCUGCAGGAGUUCUACCGGCGGACCCAGGAGCGGCUGCAGGCCCGGCGAGACGCCUUGCAGAGCGGCAGCCAGCCGGACCGACUCGUGAUGGACGGAGACGUCGCCACCAUGGCUGUCAAGUUCGAGCGGAGGGAGUAUCCACCUCACAUCACUCCCAAGAUGUUCUUGCUGGAGUGGAGCCGCAAGGAGAAGCUGGAGCAGCCGCAGUACGAGAUGGUACAGUCCCACCUCGAUCGAGCCUUUCAAUCGACCGUGACUCUAGCAGAGAAGAGAUACAGAUCUACACUGUGGGAGAAGUCGAAGAAAUUUGCCGAACAAGCGGCGGCCGUUGUCUGUCUGCGCGUCCUGGGAGCGCCCGAGGGUCGCAUCGGCGAGGAGGACUCGGGCCUGGUCUGCAAGAGGAAGCGCGAGGGGAAGACGAACGGCGCCGCGGAGGAAGAGGCGAGCAAGAAACUGAGACACGCGGAGGUCGAUCUCCGACAGGAAACGCCUCCAGGGCAGCCGUAGCGUUCAGGACCUCGUCGGGAUCUCGUUUUAGUUUGGACGAUAAAAGCUGCUCGGACAGUGACGCAGGGAGGCGUGGAACGGGACAACGCAUCACGAGACGUUUAAAAAGCAGCCGGUUACCUCUCGAUAGGUUCACCUUAACCCUCGAAUGGUCUCUAAGAGAACAGCAGCUGCUGCUACACACACACACACACACACACACACACACACACACACACACACACACACAC